AUGAAGCAGUCUGGCUUGGUUUUGCAGGACCUUCCACCUGAAAUUUUGAUAAACAUUUUUUCUCACUUGGACGAAAAGGAUUUAUUCACACUACAAGAAAUCUCUACACAUUUCCAGCAACUAAUUCGCGAUGAAGAACUGUGGAAAAACUUGUUCAAGUCUAGAAUUUAUACUACACAUUUCCCUACGUUUUCCCAGUCCACCAAAUUUAGUGUAGAAUACAUCGAAAGAACUCGUGGUCUUCAUAAUUGGAAACAUAACAAAGCCAUAAGAACUAAAUAUACCAUAACUCCGACUCGUAACUGGGACCAGCCUAGCAUAGAACGUAUAGUAUUCGAUUACCCACGAGUUGCUGCUUACAACGAUGGUAUAAUUACCAUCUUGCAAUUACAAAACCACAAGAGACAGAAGAAGUUUAAAAAGCUAAUUUAUAUUCCAUGUACGACUCCACAGGGAUGCUCCACCAUGGACUUUAACAUCAAUGCCGCUGUUUUUGGCAGGUUUGAUGGUAGAGUGUUUGGGAAACUGCUAAGUAACAAAUCAUACUUGACGCCUGUGAUGGAAUUUAUUGGAAGACAUAGUUCAGGUGUCACUGCCAUUUGUAAUUCAGAGUCCUGGGAUACGUCGAGAGAAGACUGGUGUGUGAGUGGUUCUGAAAAUGGUGAAAUUAUUUGGUGGUGUGAAAACAAACUUGUUAAGAUGUGGAAGGUUUGCACUAGGGUGAUUUGGAAAUUGGCCUUUUUUAAAGAUUGGACCUUGAUCAUGGAUGAUGAAAAACUUUACGUCAUCUAUCAAAUGCGUGAACUACACAGCAUAGACAUUCCAAGGGACGCGGACGAUCAACCGGUAAGUGUACGAUUCUUCAAAAUGGAUUUUGGUUCCAUGACCUUGGUAUUGGCUGAUCUGAAUAAUGUUUAUACAAUAUCGGUCAACCCGAAUGGUAAUUUUGGUAAUUUGAGAAAAUUAGCCAUUCCAGAACAAAUAUGUGCCAUAGAGAUAGAUGAAAAGACCUCGCAAAGAGAACAGAACUGGCAAUUUGCCGGUGACGACGGCUGCUACAUCAGUCUUUUGACUACUGCGAAUACCAUUUACAUUAUCAAUAUAAGAGAUCUUUCAACGACGGGUUUGAAAGCCCAAUGCAGAAUCAACUUUGACGAACAAGUUUAUGUUUCGCAAGUGACCAACUUAAUUGUUGUCGUGGCACUACCAAACACUCUUCAAAUAAUGAACGUGAUGACCGGUGAACUGAUUAAGUCCGUUUUGAAGACCGACAAAUUUCCUGAGUUUUUGAAAGUUUCGCAAGAUAAAAUCGUUAUGGGGAGCGGUAAUGUGUUGAAUUAUUUAUUAUUUGUUUCAAGCGAUUCAAAGAAAAAACAUCAUUCCAGUAAGAGUAAAAAUGCAAUAAGUAAUAAAUGGAAUGAAACCUUGAACACCGAGUUACAAUAUUAUGACGAAGCUGAAGACCUUAGAAGGCAAAGACAAUCAGAAAUAUCAAGAUUAAUCCACGCAUAUGGUGGAGAUUUAGAACCUUUAGGUGACACCGAAGAAGAAAAUGACAUUCAGUUAAGAAUUGCGCUCCUGGAAUCGCAAGAAGCACAAGCGCGAAUUGACGCUGAAACUGGGCCACAGAUUGAGGAUGAUGAAGAUGAACAACUACAGAGAGCUUUGGAAGAGUCCCAGAGGUUACAUGAAACACAGAUGGAUAACUUGGCUGAUCUAUCCAUUACUUCGAGCCAAGGAGACGACGAUGCUGAAGAUGACGAAGAGUUUCUUAGAGCUAUUGAACAAUCAAGAUUGGAGGACGAAAGAAGGAGACAAGUCAGAAAUAGCAAUACAAGCCGACGAAAUGGACCUUUAAUGGAUGAAACAUCUACUACAAAUAGCGGUUCAUCCGGCGAAGUCUUCGCUGGGAACACCACUGGUGGUGUCGGCGUUGGCGAUAAUGACGACGAUGACUUACGAUUGGCUAUCGCACUGUCGUUAAGCGAAAUCAACUGA